CCACAAGAGCCUCGACUAGUUGAGUGCCGCUCCCGAAUCCCGUUGCGCCGUUAGUUGGCCGCUUCUAGGUGGGGCUGCACGGCACACAAACACACACAACAGGUCGUCGUUUAUUUCGCAUCAUUGUGCACACAAAAGUCGUACGUUCAUCCCAACUGAGCAGUGACAACAACGUCUCCAUCCACGUCUGCAAUCUUCCAAUUUUCCGGUUUCUUUUUUACUCGUGUCGACUGAACUCGCCUUGUCCGCCAGUGACCAACGAUCCAACUGUUAGGGUGUGUGUGUGUGUGUGCGUGUGCCGCUGCUCUGUACAUCUGCUGUGUGUAUAGUCAGCUCGCUUGGUAACAAGAACCCACCCCAUUCAAUCCGUGGCACGCUCCUCUUCUUCUCGUUGGAUCGAUCAAAGACUGUUGUCCAGUAAAAUUCAGAAGAAGCUCAAGGGUUCAGUCUCUGGUUUCCUCUUCUUCUGGACAACCGCACACACCUUCACCGCUAGCCUCUUGUUAACAGACGUUGACGUGAUGGCCAACGGCAGCGGUUGGUUAUCGGCCGGAAGGACAGCCGAAGAAACAGAAGCGGCUCAUGAUCUCCUUCAGUUGGCUUAUUCCCUUCCGCCGCUGAGUGGCGCCGAUGGCUUUACUAGUCAUAACGAUCUCAUCAUUAGACCGACAAGACACACUCAAAGAGCCACUGUCUUGAUGGUGGCAGAGGCGGCCGCCUUCGCCUCCAGACACCAAGACGAUCCACUUCUAACUCCGCCCGUGUCAGAAUCCUAUUGCAGUAAUUCAUCUUCUUCCUCUUCAUCCGAUUCGGUGGAUUCCGGUCGCAGUUCGCCGCAAACGCCGCUAGGUGAGCGGCCAUCUCGUCGCAACAGCAUCGAUAACGACGGACGUCACCGACGCUACGUGUGCAACGAAUGCGGCAAGGCGUACGCGACGUCUUCCAACUUGUCGCGUCACAAACAAACGCAUCGCAAUUUGGAAUCGGGCGGAAGCAAACCGUGCCCCACUUGCGGCAAGACUUAUGUCUCCAUGCCGGCCCUGUCGAUGCACCUGCUGACGCAUGCCCUGACCCACGUCUGUCCAGUUUGCUCCAAGGCGUUCUCCCGGCCGUGGCUCCUGCAGGGUCACAUGCGCUCACACACGGGAGAGAAGCCUUACGAAUGCCACCUGUGCUACAAGGCAUUCGCCGACCGCUCCAAUCUGCGCGCUCACAUGCAAACACAUUCGUCUGUCAAGAGUUUCCGCUGCGCUCAGUGCCACAAGACUUUUGCUCUCAAAUCUUAUCUUCACAAGCAUCAAGAGACUUCAGCCAAUUGCUGCGUCAAGACUUGACUGUUUACUUGAUGUGUGUGUGACUGUGUUGUGUGUGUGUGUGUGCGUUUGCGUGUGUGAUAUGAUCUCAUUAUUCCAGUCACUACAAACAGCUGCAGUCAUUCCAAAUCGAGCGUGAUUUUAUUGUACUAUGUAUAAUAUGAAGAUUACGUGUAACAGAUUUCCAACCUGCGAUAAUCUACUUAAUGGAAGCACUGGCCGAGUCGAAACAAAGGUGAAAUACUCGUAUAUAUUUUUUCAAGUCAAUAGCCUCUGCAGCCUCUACCCUGAUGUUGAAACAUUGUCGUGUCGAUCUAUUCUCCAAUUCUAGUCCUCGUUUUAUUUUUGAUCGUGAUCAGCUUGUUGUCGUCAAGACAAACAAUUUCCUCUCCAGCAAUAUACGUAUAUAGCAAUCCAUGAUGUAUGUACUUCUAGUCAUUUCUAUUGAUACUGUACUACUAUUGCUAUAUAACGUUGUGUGUGUGUGUGUGUAAUUGGGAUGCAGUGGCAUACUGCAAGGUGUUUGUCGGCACAACGAAAUAAUAUUUCAGAUCAUAAUAAAACAAAAUGAAAGAAGGUGAGGAAGUUUUGCAGUAAUAACACGGAAAAAAACAAACAAAGAAGAAGAACCGAGUCGCAAUAAAUCGUGUCAAUUGCGCGGCGAUUGGGCCUCUAUUACAUAUACGUUCCCCUCCAAAUAUUAUUGGUAUUUCCUGUCAGCUUCUUUUCCUUAUUUAUUCCCUUCCUAUUGAACAUUUGUCAGCAAUAUGACCCCAGUCAACUAUACCUGUCGUCCAACUUUAAUUGCCCUCCGUUAAUCUCCCACCUUAACCAAGACAAAACAAGACACACACACGAAAUAAAAAAUUAACGAACUUUUGACGGCGAAAAUAUUGAUUCAAGUGUUUUUAUUAUGACUUGUGUUGAAAAUGUAAGGAUGAUCACAAGCAUAAUGUGCGCAGUUGUGUUUCUUUUCAUUUCUAAAUGUGGUUUGUUUCAUUCCAUUAAAAAAAAAUUAAUAAAAUAAAUAAAAACCUACAUCUGCCUGAUGAUCUCGUGACGACGGGGGGAUAAAUCAACGUCCAAAAUUUAUUGAUGUCAGUUAUUUACCACCACGUGAAAUCCGAUAUUCUCUUCUAAAUAUAAUUGCUAUAUAUAAUGACACUUUUUUUUUCUUCUUCGAUCUGUGUGAAUUCCCUUUCCAUUUGUCUAUAAUUCUUAUGUGUCUUAUCCCAAUUCAUUUCGUAUACACUUCUCCUGACUCGAA